AUGGUGCAUAUCACGCAGUUACCCCCUGAGCUUUUGAAUGUGAUCUUGGUCUUAGUAGCAAUGUCAAGUGAUGGUGCGGGAGAUCUGGCGAGGGCAGCUUUAAGCUGCAACGCCCUUAAGAACCAUGCUAAAGAAUCAGUAGUCUUGAAAGCGGUCAACUUUCAGCGUUUGACUUCUAACACUGAAGAUUUUAGGAAACACCGUAAUAGAAAAGGUCUCCUUUGUUUGUGUGCCCGAGCUGGAAAUCAAUCUGCCCAAGCCAUGAUGGGAAAGGCUCUCCUGGUUCAGGACCCCUGGUUUUGGGGCAUGAUUUUUGGCGAUAGUCUACUCGUGCAUUACUGGAACGUUGCACCGAGUGAAGUUCUACAUCACAUUGACCUUGUGCGAUCGUUUAUCCUGCAUGCUUCCUCCCUAGACGUUGCUGCAAUGUGUCAAGCAUUAGUCAACUAUGUGAUCACAUAUGCUGGAUACAAAGCUGCUCGUGAAUCUGGUAUUGUUUGUGCCAUCUAUGAUAUGUGUUCUUAUAAGGUUUCAACGGUUAGAGCAGGUAGACUCAGAAAUAACCAAUUCACCAUCAGUUCAGUUGCGAGUGUCUGGGUUCGGUCGGAGCCACCACGUGAUAAAGAAUUCAAUCGUGACACCGUGAUUACCUUCUUUGAUGAACUCUUCUCAUCUGUUCAUGGCUGA